UCGCCAGUCGGCGUCCGGUGUGCACGCCACGCUGUCCGUCGUCCGACGCUCCCUCUCUGCACGCGAGUGUUUCGACCGCCAACGUUUUUUUCUUCGUGUUCCGAGUGUUGUUGGUGUGUCCGUCUCGAACAACGACGUGUUUCGCAUCCCGUAGGUAUACUCUUCCGAAUCAUCAGUGUAAUAUUAUAAUAAUAUCGUUGGCUCCGACGACGUGUCGGACGAAAUCGAACGAAAAUCUUGUUCGUCUGAUCCUCUCCCACCCCUCCCUACACACUUCAAUUUAUACGAUAUCGUUUUGACUACCGAUAGGCGGUGGUGGAUUAUUUUAGAUCGUCGACGUCGAUCAUAUUAUAGUUAUUAUAUUUAUAUCUAUAUACCUACUUACCAAUACCUUGGUAUAAAACUUAGUGUCGUGACGCGGUGAUACUGACGAACAAACGGCCAGCGGCGGCGAUGCGGUCGUGCGUUCGGGCCUCGGGCGGCGCGUGACCGCGUCCCGGUGACGGCGAUUACUGCAUCAAAGUUACGAUGUGGCCGCGUCCACAGUUGCGCCGGCCGUGCGGUGGUCGGUGCUGGUGAUAUCGGUCACCGGCACUAUGUUGUUGACAAUGUUCGGCGGUAGCGCUGGAACAUGUUGGCUACGACUGAUUGCCGUCGUGUGGUCGGUGCACGUGUUGGAUAACUCAUCGACGACUGUCGCAGCAUUACCACCUGUUAUACGGAUCGGAGCGAUUUUCACUCAAGAAGACAAAGACAGUACCACGGAGGUAGCAUUCAAAUAUGCUGUAUACAGGAUAAAUAAAGAUAAAGCAAUCUUGCCGAACACCACGCUUGUAUACGAUAUUGAAUAUGUUUCUCCACACGACAGCUUCAAAGCUUCUAAAAAAGUUUGCCGCUUACUGGAGAGUGGCGUGCACGCAAUAUUCGGACCGUCCGACAGUCACUUGGCCAGUCACAUAGUGUCCAUCUGCGAGUCCGUCAGCAUGCCUCUGCUGCUGACCAUCGCCGACCGCGUGACGGACCUGAACAGACGGCACUUCGUCACGGACAUGUUUCCGGCUCGAGGGCACCUCGGACAGGCGUUCAGGGACCUUAUCAAUUUCCUGAACUGGACGAAAAUCGCGAUCGUGUACGACGACGAAGAAGGUUUGCUGCUGGUACAGAAUCUAAUGAAAAUGUCGAAAACUGACUUUUACGUCCGACAAGUGGAUCAGCACACGCAUAGGCAAGUGAUGAGAGAAAUCAAAGACAAACACAUUUUCAACAUUAUUGUGGACGUUCACCCGCGCAACAUAAACGGAUUUUUCAGAUCCAUACUUCAACUACAGAUGAACGAUUUCCGCUAUCAUUUCCUCUUCACUACAUUCGACCUCGAGACGUUUGAUCUGGAAGACUUUAAAUACAACUCCGUGAACAUAACGUCUUUCAGAAUAGUGGACGACGAAAACCACCGCGUGGUCAACGUCCUGCGCGAGAUGGAAAGAUUCCAGAGAGUCGGGCAGAACAUGUUGCACAAGAGUGGAAUCAUCAGGGCCGAACCUGCGUUGAUGUACGACGCGGUGAACGUGUUCGCUCACAGCAUCGGAUCGCUGGACGGGUCGUCGAAUUCAAUGCAGUCGUCGAACGUUUCGUGCAAAACGUCGGACCGUUGGGCGAACGGUACGUUUCUGUACGACCGACUCAACGCGGUAAGCAUCGAAGGCCUGACCGGUAAAGUGCACUUUGACGAGGGGAGGAGAUCAGACAUCAAGCUGGACUUGCUGAAACUACAUCAGGAGAAAGUGAAAAAAGUCGGCUUUUGGACACCGUCAACAGGCAUCAACAUAACGAAACAUUCCGUAUUUUACGGACACCAAAGCUCCAACGUGACGCUGAUUGUGGUCACCAGAGUCGUAAGUUUAUAUCAUAUAAAACAGUAA